AUGUCUUCUCGUCAAUCCUCCCCGCAUACUUCAGAACGCACUCCUCUUCUCUUGCGGACCGACGACUCCGAUGGUGCUGCAGAUCAGCCCAGUUAUGACCCGUCAAUAUCAGAGUCCCUCGAGGAGACAUCAGGCAAGAAGCAGAAGAGAUGGCCCACAAUCAUAGCACUCACUGUCCUCUGCCUGGGAGUCGUCGUCGCAUGUUUUGGAUUCGCUCUUCCUCCGGUGAUUGAAGAAUACGCGAAAGAAGCUGUGGUUUUUGAGCCUACCAAUCUCUCCAUCGACUCGUUCGCAUCUUUCGGAGUCCGCGCCAGAAUUCAAGGGACAUUCUACCUCGAGGCGAGCAGAGUAAGACAUAAACCAACAAGAGACCUGGGAAGAUUCGGGACUUGGAUCGCAAGAGAAGUACAGAGCGGCGAGUCGGAGGUCAGUGUCUACCUGCCCGAGUACGACAACGUCUUGCUCGGGACGGCGACAAUACCACCCGUCAAGGUGAAUAUUCGCAACCGUCAUCAAAAUCACGUUGAUAUCCUGGCGGAUCUGGAGCCUGGUGACGUGGACGGCCUACGAAGGAUUGUCAAUGACUUUAUCGACCGGAAGCUGGAUGGGCUCACUGUCAAUGCUGUUGCCACUGUCCCAAUCCGCAGCGGUCUGAUCAGGCUGCCCAAGCAGACAAUAUCUCAGAUUCUAGAGUUCCAGGGUCACGAUAUCCCCACUGUCCCGAAGGCUGAGAUCCAGAGACUUCAAUUUGCAGAAUAUGGCAUGCCAGGACAUCCGGAAGGUCUUAAGGCCAAGGCAGUUGUUUCGGCCAUGAAUGAAUUCCCACUCAACCUAGAUGUGCCUGCUUUGUCUUUUGACAUACUCCUGCCAGACUGCUACAACGACUACUUAUUGUUCGCGACCGCAAAGACCGAUGUGAUCCACAUCGUACCCAAGCAGAAUAUCACCGCAAGCGUUGUGGGUUUGGUACGGCAGCUUCCUACAUCGUUAACAGCUGCCUGUCCAGGUACGAAAACUUCGCCUUUGGACAGCUUGAUCGCCGACUAUCUUGCCGGGAGAAACACAACCGUCUAUAUCCGCGGAGGCGAACAGGAUCCCGACACACCUGGAUGGGUCGACCAGAUUUUACGCGAUACGAUAGUACCAUUUUCACUUCCAGGCCAUCCUUUUGAGAAUCUGAUAAAAAACUUCUCCCUCGAGGACGUUCACUUCUCUCUGCCAGAUCCUUUUUCAGAUUCUCGCCCAAAGAUCUCUGCUGUGGUGAAUGUUCUGGUGGGACUUCCAGAAGAAAUCAAUGUCAAUAUGGACGUUGACAGAGUGCGAGCUGAUGCGGAUGUGUUCUACAAGGGAGACCUGCUGGGCAAACUGGAUCUGAGGAAAUGGCAAAAAGCCAAUGCGACACAAGUUGACAAUGACUUGCUGAUACAGUCGGUUGUGGAUGAAGCACCAUUGGAGAUCAAGAAUGAUUCGGUGUUCUCAAAGGUUGUUCAAGAACUCCUGUUUGGUGACGGUGUUGCACUCUCUGUCCACGCGAACGUAGACGUCAAUACCCUUACUGCGUUGGGAGAAUUUGUGGUCCGAGGAGUUCCAGCGCAAGGAGAUAUCUUUGUGCCGCCGAUGAUGGGAGAUUUUCAGAUGCCAGAAAUAAAGGGUAUGGAAAUUGUCGAUACGUCGGAAUCCGCAUUAACGCUGCAGGCAAGGGUUAAUGUAACCAAUCCUACCGACUACUCGGCCACAAUUCCCUUCUGUAACGUCAGUAUCUGGGUGAACGAGACGCGCGUCGGCUACGCAUAUAUGUCUACUGUCAACAUUGUACCUGGUCCCAAUGAUCUUGUCGCUAGAGCUGCAUGGGAGGUUGGUGCUGUUGGAAGGGAGUGGCUUUCUCAGUACAUUUCUGGUUACAACACCACGAUAACUGUGAAAAGUCACGCCGACUCGAUACCGAACUUUCCCGACCCCAAGUUGGCGUUGACCGUACCCACCCCUCACAUGUUUGGACAUUUCCUAAAAGAAACCACGAUGCACUUGAUAUCGUCGACUGCAACGUUCGUCCUUGUGUCCCCUUUCGCCAUGUACAUUACCGCUAUCUCGGCAGCUGCAUUCUACAACGGUUCAGAGGUUGGUACGAUCGACUGGGAUUACCCAUUCGCCAUCAAAGAAGGUGAAAACAUUACACCGAAGCUCCCAGUUGCGUGGGGGAGUAAUGCUCUAGGCACAAUCCGAGAUGCCUUAGGCGGAACUCUGAAGCUAGAUGCCAAAGCUGACGUCGGAGUCAGAAUCGGUCAAUGGCAGGAACGAAUAUGGUACGAAGGCCACGGACUGGGGGCCAGGAUUCGACUGUAA